AAACUUGCUCCGCCGGUUUCCAACACUGACUGAUGAACGUCAACACAAGCCAGGACACCAAGAAGUAGUGCGUGUGUCCUACAUCAGCCUUUUUUUCCUUUCAACAGGGAGAUAUUUACAGCUGUACAGCCGCGAUUCAGGGGUAAACAGACCCUACAUCGCUACGGGAACCUCCGGUUAGGAGUUGGAGGUGUAGCAUCGACAAAUCUCUGCCAACUUCAGUUCAACUAGCUAAAAAAACACACAGUUUACCUCGUCGACACCAAAGGGCGUAAUGGAGCGCUAUGAUAAGAUGGAUUUGGAUCUGGAGUGUGAAGGAGGAGGGGUUGCUCAAAAGGCAUCAUUAUUUGGUGGGAUGUUCAAAAGAUCCUCCAGGUCCAUUGAACCGUCAGUCCAACAGGACAGUUUGCCAGUGAACAGUGAGCUUUCAAAGAGCAAUGACAGUUUGACGGAUAACAACAACACUAAGGAUAAAGGAGGCAUGUUUAAAGGAAUCCUAAACAAGACCACCAAGCCUGCCAAGGAGGGGACAUCUGCUCAGGACAGUCUGUCAGUGAACAGUGAGCUUUCAAAGAGCAAUGACAGUUUGACUGAUAACAACAACACUAAGGAUAAAGGAGGCAUGUUUAAAGGAAUCCUGAAGAAGACCACUAAGCCUGCCAAGGAGGGGACGUCUGCUCAGGCAACCCUCUCUGUGCACAAUCCUGAACUGUCUGCCAGUAGUGACAGCUUACCAGACAACAACAACGCAGCUAAAGAGAAAACAGGAGUGCUGGGAGGAAUACUGAGACGAUCACCCAAACCAGGCCAUGACCGCAGGUCCUCACAGGAUAAUUUGUCUGUAGACGGUGACCUUGCAUCAAGUACCGACAAUCUGUCAGAGAACAGCAACACUAAGGAGACAGGAGGAAUAUUCAGUGGGAUGUUUAAAAAAUCCCCAAAACCCCUAGGAGCAAGAACCCAAUCUCAGGAUGAUUUGUCUGCAUCCACUGAGCUCUCAGGCAGCAAUGACAAUCUUUCUGAGAAUAGCAACACUAAGGAAAAAGGAGGGUUCUUAAGCGGUGUAUUCAGAAAACCUAAGCAGCUAGGUGCCAAGUCUCAGUCUCAGGAUGACUUGUCUGUAGACAGCGAACUCUCUGGUAGCAGUGAUAAUCUCUCAGAGAAGACUUCAAAGGGUGGAGUAAUGGGAAAGAUCCUGAAGAAUCCAUUCCACUCUUUAGCUCAGGAUAAGGAGAAGAGUGAGGACGCCACAGUCUCCCAUGAAAAGAUCUCUUCAACAGAGAAGACCAAAGCCAAACAGAAUGAUUCAAGUGGAAAUAUGAAGAGCACGUUCUACACUGACGGACAGGAGAAGAGCUCUGACGAAGAGAUGUUCAACAAUGGAGAGAGGCCUUCUGGUCACAAACAGUAUCAGAAUAAACUGGCUGGAGCGAUGACAAAGCUGAAUCCAUUUCGCUCUGGAAACAAACAUGAGAAACAAACAGGGUCAGAUGAUGAGGAUCCACCUGCCAGCAUUGAGAGAACAUCAGGCCACAAACAGAAUGCAGUGGCUGGAGUGAUGUCCAAACUGAAUCCCUUCCGUUCUGCACAUAAAAAGGAGACUGAGGAGACAGAGACUCCCAAGGAGAAUGAGAAACAAGGGGAGGAGAAGCCAAAACCGGUCAAAAGCAAUAUGAUCCAGUGCGAGAGGAAGGAAAGAAGUGAAACGCCAGCUGUCCCACCCAGACCAACAGACGAGGAGCUAAAGGGAACAGCCACACAAGCCAAACUAAAACCAAGUGGGACUGAGGAUACUCAGGAAAACAAGAAGAUGAUCCCCAGAGAGAGAAAGGGAAAAUCUGCAGAAACUCCCGUGGUUCCUGCGAGACCCACGGAGGAGGAGCUGAACAGAACAGUAAGAGGUGGUCCACAAAAACAGAAGAAGGAAAAUCAGUUGUCCCAGAGCCAGUCAGAUGAUGAAGGCCUGAGAGGUGAAUCAGUCUCCACUGAGGCCAGAGAGGGAGAGGAGGCCAACCCUACUACUAAGGUGAAAAAACCCAAACGUCAUAAUCCAUUUAUGCCACGUACUGCAGCCAAGGCUGCAUCUGAUGAUGAGGAACUAAAAGAAGAGUCUUCAUCCAAAGAAGAAAAGAAAGAGGAGGACAAGGACAAAGAGACCAAAGUGAGGAAACCCAAGAAAAACAAUCCCUUCUUGCCUCGGAUUAAGGCUAAAGCUGUACAGAAGAACCAGCAGGACGGAGCUGCAGGCAGUAACACUGCAGAGAAUGAAGGCGGACAAAGAUCCUUAUUUGACCAGUUGGAAGACUUCCGUGUCAACCCAGCGGAGCCUGAGGAUGACAUGGAUGUGGAGGGGCUUAUGGAUUGGUGGAAUACAGUGGAGUCGUGGGAGGACACGCCUCAAGACGAUGACAUGACAGAAAAAGAAGAAGCAAAGGCGUUUGCUGUGACAGCGGAGAAGGUGCAGAAAGGUAUCCGUGUCUUCAACAAGCUGUUCUCAGAGCGAGCAGAGAGCCUGUGGCAGCACGUCAUCGACCUCAAUGCCAUCGCUGACGGCCUGGACAAAUUCAACAAGAACACAAAGAUUGCCCAAAUCACUGGCGGCUCCACCAGUGCUAUCGGGGGUGUGGCCACUAUCGCUGGCCUGGCUCUAGCCCCUGUCACCAUGGGAACCUCCUUGAUUGUCACAGCGGUGGGGCUUGGCGUGGCCACAGCUGGCGGUCUUACCUCAGCCGGUGCUGGCAUCUCUAACCAGGUUAACAACUCCAUGGACCGCAAGAAGGUGGAGAAAAUAGUUGAGGACUACCAGGAAAAGAUGGCCGACCUCAAUAAGUGCAUGAUGUUCAUCAAGCAGGGAAUUGAGAACCUGCGUAAGUUCGACCUGAUCAAGAUGAAAAAGCAUGCCUACAACCGGGACUUCCCUGCGCUUAACAAUAUUUAUGAGGACGGCGCCAUGGUGGGCAAGGCUAUCCUCAUCAAUGCUAAUGAGAUCAUGCGCGUGGUGCAGAUUGCCAACGUGGCAGGCAGCACAGCAGCCAGAGCAGUUCAGAUCGCCAGUAUGGCUACUGGGGUGCUCACCGGACUCUUUGUAGGUAUGGACAUCUACUUUGUGGCCAAAGACUCAAAAGAACUCAAGAAAGGGGCCAAAUCAGAGUUUGCUGCCAAAAUCAGAGAGGUUGCUGGGCAGCUGCACGAAGGUCUGGUGGAGCUCAACGGGAUACGAGAGGAGCUGCAGUCCACCAGCCCACAAGAAAACAACAGCAGUGAUAACACAGCUACCUCAGACAAUGCCAACAAAGAGAAAGAUGAGAACUCUGACAGUUCAGAAGAUGAAAUUGACCGCAUUAAAAAAGCCAUCAAAAAGGAUUAUGAAAACCGUGAAUAUGUCUGACCAAAGCUUCAAAGCUGAUGAAGUCCUAAAACCAUACUGCAUUAUUGAUGUCUUCAUGGGAAGACUCUUUAUCAGUUGCCCUCUUGGGACAUUAAACUUUUUAUUUUGAAAGUAUCAUAUAUUAUCCCAGCAUCUCCCUGCAUUGCUGAUUGCAGGAGGUUGGUGCCAAUUUCUCUCAAAGAAUAGCUUCAAAAUAUUUUGAGUGUCCUAAGAGGGGUGCUUCAGUUUUUUCUUUUUAGAGACUGACGCUCUGGUUUUUGGUCUGCAGUUACACUACAGGGAGAAAAUUAGUUAGCUAAAGUAUCAAAUCUGUUUCUGAUAGAAAAUGUGCCAGUGCCUAAACACUGCCAUGGUGUCUUUUCUUAAGAUGGGAGGCUAACAGAGCCAAAUAUUUUGACAGCCUAAUUUUAGAUUAGUAAAAGAACUAGAAGCAAAAGAUUGUUAUCUAUAACAUGGUUUAGCAUUUGACUUAAUUUGCUGCUUAGAGAUUCAUUCAGAUGUAUUAGUUCAUAUUGAAAUACUGAGAUUUUACUUGCCAGGUGUAACAUUACAGAUUGUGUGUACUGUUAGGGAGCAGUGCCUUCAUUAUUUAUAAUGCCUUAGAAAUCCAAUGCAGUUUAAUCAUUCUAUUUGUAGAUCCUGGUUUUGUGGGUUUCAGAGCUGCUAUGCAAACCAAUCCUCCAUUUCCUCUCCUCUGCUGGAGGUUAUGGAUCUGACUUGCUGAUGUGUCAAACCUGUGGUGAUUCUACCAGUCGGUCUGUCUGAUUGAACAGCUUUUGAUGACACCAGUCAGUUUUAAAGCUGUUUGGAAAGCUGCUGUAUAAAAAGUACUUUUUUCCUUUCACACCAAUAAAAUCAAGGUUGGGGCAGAACAAAUCAGGCAAAAAAUAGCUGAUAAGGAAUGUAGUAAAAGCCUACCUGAUGUGUUUUUAGAGGUGAUAUGAAAGCUGACGGUGAUAUUGCCAGCCUAAGCUACAGAGUAUUUCUGGUUUACUGUCAUACUGGGUUACUAAUCGCUUUCUCCUGGUAUCCCAGGUGUAAAAUCGUUACUGUGUGGUGGCUUGAGUGAAAACCAGCUGACAACCACUGCAUUUCUGACUUUUGUCUUUUCUCUUUAACAUGACACUGAUGGAGGAACUGUAAUCCCUCCUCAUUAGACUGCAGUUCCAAAGAAAAAGUCCAAGGUGCUUGAACAGUGUUCAAGGUAACACUGCGGACAUCAGAAUGUCCCAUUAAUAUCAGCUCUGUGUUCUGUUUAAUAAACGUUAUGCAUAUGAUUUCAUUUUGUUCUGGGUGGAACUGUGUGUCACUAUGUGUGGUACCUUUUAUGUGCAAUAUUGGACAAUAUGUGUAUUACAUGUGUGUAAAGUUGAUAAUAAAA